AUGGAUCCACAAAUAGAGCUUUAUCUUCCGGUCACACUGAUGAUACUUCGAGUUAUUCCUAAUAUUCCAAUCGAUGCUCGUUGGUCACCGAAUGGAAAGACCGUUGCUGGAGGGAAUCGAUCGGGUGAUGCCACAAAUCAACUCAACCGCCCUCAUGGUCUCUUCGUUGAUGAUGAUCAAACGAUGAUCAUUGCUGACUACGUGAAUAAUCGUAUCGUCCAAUGGAAGAUGGAUGAUAAGAAUGGACAAGUUGUAGCUGGAGCAAAGGGCUACGGAAAUCGAAUGGAUCAAUUGGAUAGUCCAACUGAUGUGCUGAUCGACAAAGAGAUUGAUAGUCUCAUUAUCUGCGAUUGGCGGAAUCGACGAGUUGUACGAUGGUCUCGUCGUAGUGGUACAACUGAAGGAGAAAUUCUCGUUGAUAACAUCACUUCUUGGGGAUUGUUCAUGGAUGAUCAGAGAUAUCUCUAUGUCUCUGACAUCGAAAAACAUGAAGUAAGACGAUAUCAAAUAGGAGACAAGAAAGGAAUUAUCGUGGCUGGUGGAAAUGGAAAAGGUGCUGAUCUCAGUCAACUCAACUACCCAACCUACAUCUUUGUCGAUCAACAACAGAGUGUCUACGUAUCAGACAACGGAAAUCAUCGCGUAAUGAAAUGGAAUAAAGAUGCAAAAGAAGGCAUUGUCGUUGCUGGAGGUCAAGGUGAAGGGGAUGCUUUGACACAAUUGUCUUGUCCUAUGGGACUCUUCGUCGAUGCGUUGGAUACCAUCUAUGUAGCAGAUUACCGUAAUCAUCGAGUAAUGCGUUGGAUUAAAGGAGCAAAACAGGGUACUAUCAUUGUGGGUGGAAAUGGUGGAGGAAAAGGAGCAAAUCAGUUCAAUUGGCCUCGUGGUCAAACAUUAAAAUACUCAUCGAGUUGUACAGUUGACUUAUGCUCGAAUAAUUCUACAUCAAAUAUUGGUUGUUCAUCAUCACCAAUCUGCUAUCAAUUCAAAACAUCAAACAGUACAAUCCUAUGUGCACCUCAAGUCGUUUGUUCUCUUUUUGAUGCAUGUAUAAGUAGUACAAGAUGUGCAACUAAUAACAGUGUUUGUGUUAUCAAUAGUUGCUGUUCAACACCAAUAUCAGCAUCUACAACUGGAAUUUGUUCAAAUGCAACAUGGAAUCAGAAUACAACACGUAUUGUAUCAUCGCUUUGGAAUAGUAGCUAUCAGUUUACGAUUGGCGACUUUGAUAUUGAUUCUGCUGAUAACAUCUACGUUAUGGAAACCUACAACAAGCAAAUUUAUAAAUAUGCUCCCAAUAGUACUGUUGGAAUAUAUGUGGCAGGACCUGGUGCAUCAUCAACUUAUACUUUGCAGCGCCUAUUCGUAGAUUCUAAUGGAAUAAUUUAUACAUAUGAAUCUCGUUAUUCAUAUCCAAUUUAUAACUAUCGAAUACAACGAUAUGAUUCUAAUAAUUGGAUUAACGGUACAAUUAUGUUUGGCGAAACUCAAUGUGGUUCAGAUUUGAAUAGUUUUUGUGGAUGCGUAGAUAUAGUAGCUGACCGUCAAGGAUCAGUAUACUGUUCUGAUUCGAAUAAUUAUCGUAUCAUCAAAAUAACACCAAAUAAUUCUAUUGCGAUUGUUGUUGCUGGUGUAACAAAUACAACUGGAUCACAAUUGAACCUUCUAAGUUAUCCACAAGGAUUAUUUGUCGAUGCUAAUUAUACUCUAUAUGUUUUAGAUGCUGGCAAUAAUCGUGUAGUGGCUUUUUCACCAGGAAAUCAAUAUGCUAGAUUGUUAUUCUCCUCUUCGAUCAGUACAUCCUAUUCUUCGAUAUAUUAUAAUUAUAUCAUGGGUGGUUUAACUCUUGACAAUUCAGGCAAUAUUUAUGUAGCUGGUGUUAAUAAUAUUACACGUUGGGCACCUAGUACAUCAACUGUAACAACUAUUGUGUCCGUAUUUUAUUGGUCUGCUCCUAGAAUACGUUUAGAUAGCAAAGGUAAUUUAUAUCUUCGAUCAUACUGGGAUGGUAGCAUUGAUAGACGGAGCAUUUUCACGAAUACAUGCUAA